AUGCGCACAAAGAUAGCCCGCAAAGAUGGUGGGGGUAAACAUCAGCGCCGAGAGGCCCUCCCUGAGGUCCGAGCGGGGCUGGUCCUGGUGAAGAGCAAAGAUGUCGGUCGAUCUCGACGUCCUCGCAGAACCUGGGUGCUCCCAGUGCUGCGCGUGUUGGCCUUGGCCGCGUCAAUGCUCUGCCUCACUCCCACGGGUGGCAUGGUCACAGGGAUGUCGAAGAUGGAUGCUUGGAGCGCAGGUUCCGGGCCCGAGCAGCAGCACGAGGAUCGUCGGCCGACCGGCGUCUGGGGGCAGCAGCAGGAGCACGUGGUCUUCGUCGGGGUCCCUGAGGAAACCGCGGUGCUUCCGCUCAAGGCGCUGGCGCAAGAGAUGAUUGGGAGAGGCUACCGUGCCAGCCUCGCUCUGCCCCACGGAUUCCAGGCCUGGGUGGAAGACAUCCCCGGUCUUUCCUUCCUCUCCCUCAAGCCCACCGGCGGGGCCCCCAACUCCAACGCCACCACACACAGCCACGGGACCCCCGCAACAACUCCGCAACACCACCUAGCAGCAGCGGCGGGAGGAGCAACGGCGAUUACAGACGCUGAGGAGCAGCAGCAGCAGCAGCAUGCCCCGUCUCCGUAUGUCGCCCACCCUUGCCCCGCGCGCCCCCCGCCCACCAACGGGAGAAGGAGGCCUUGUUCGGGGGAGGGGCUCGGGGACGCUUGGGGGGGGGGGGUCGGCGGCGGGUGGGGCGCCGGGCUCGGUAUCUGGAGGGGGGUGAGGGGGAGCUUGGUGGGGGCGAGGGACUUUUUCGGGCACCUGAAGACGUACCUCGGGUUUUACCUCCGGGAGGAGGCGGUGAUGUACGCCCCUUUGUUAGAGGCUCUUCGGCGGGACCCUCCCGCCCUCGUCAUUGCCGACCGGAGAGCAUCGGCGGCGUUCCGAGCGUGCUCGAGGCUAGGCCUGCGCUGCGUCGUGAACAGCGCGGGGCUGCUGGGCGACCUCGAUCGGCCGCCAAACUCUAUCCCCGCUCCCUACACUGGUUUCCCGUUGGAGGGUCAGACGAUAGGACAGCGGGUGCACAGCAGCCUGUUUCGCCUGGUGCUCGCUUUGUCGAGGAUGCAGGCGGCUCGCGAGGCUGACCACGACUUAGCCUCGUGGGCGAACGACCGGCCAGUUUUAGGCUCCGAAGAGGGCCCGCAUCAUCACCACCAUCAAGAUCAUCACCACCACCAUCAGCAAGACCCAAGGUCGUCCACCGUGAUGGCUCUGGGCAACAGCUGCUUUGGCAGCUUGGAGUAUCCUCGAGAGCUUCCCGCGAGAGUGCAUAUGGUGGGUCCGUUAUGGAUGUCUUCAUGGACGGUUGACGACCAAAACCAUUUCAACGGCGGACAUCGGAGCGAGGGUCACUUCGCGAGUGGCCAUCACGGUAACACCGGGGCCGGUUCUCCUGCCAAAAGCAAGAAGAGCAAGGAUGACGACGGCGGUGCCAAAGGAGGUGGUGGCGCCGCUACCGCGCGGAAAGGUUUUGCUAGAGAUACGGCGGCGAUGGAGGGCGGGGACGGGACGGCGAGAGGGAACGAGGCGCUGGAGGACGUUUGGUCCUGGUUAGAGCCGGAGGGCGUGGGCGAAGAUGACGCUGCCCCCGUGGUGGUUGUGCAGCUCGGCUACGGGGGAGGGUGGGCGUGGGGCGUGUCGCCGGAUGCCGCAGUGGGAGGCAGCGAAGGGGAAGAUGGAAGUGGCGCCCGGCCGUCUUGGAAGGCUUUUCGUGAAGAGACGGCAACGCAGCUAUCGGCGGUGGGAUGCCGAACGCUCUGGCUGGACCACCGCCCAUACCCUGACCACCGUAGUCAGCCCAGCGAGGAUCAAGACGAAACCGCCGCUGAUGAACCCAAGAACGGUUCCGGAGACCAUUCCGCGGAACGUUCCGCCGUAGGCCGGAGUUCUUUGUGGAAGCGAUAUACGGAAGGAUCGGAACCACCAAAGACUACGCCGUUGCCUUCGAGUGCUGGCGGAAUGGAGGAAGACGCCGAGCUGUUGGCGGCCGGCGGCGGUGAUAGAAGGACGGGCCCCCCGCUUGGUGGAUGGGAGUUGCUGGACGGGAGGCAAUCUUUAUUGUUUUUUGACGCGGAGGGGAUGGUGGCCUCCUCCGAGUCCGAGUGGCUGUUGAGAAUCAUGUCCCACCGGCUGGUGACGGUUUUGGUGACGGAUGGCGACCUCCGCUCUCUCCAGACGGCCCUGUGGCAUGGGAAACCUUCCGUGGUGCUACCGACGUCACCAGACCAGAGGGAGGCGGCCGCCCGUUUGGCGCACAGCGGGGCAGGAGUGACUUGCCCUCCACCUUGCAACGCCACCAGCCUCACGGCCGCCGUCGUCGACGCACAUGGCGCCGACAUGCGGCGGGGGGCCCUCAGGUCUAGCGCGGCUCUUCACGAGGCGGGCGGGGUCGGUCGUGCGGGAGAUUUGCUGGAAAACGAGCUCCGGACCCACCUGGCUGCGACCGCGCGGCGCCUGGGCUGUCCUCACGGAGACCCUUCCCUUUGGUGGGGGGUCGAUGACGAUCGUGAUGGUGAUGGUGAUGGUGAUGGUGAUGUGCCCUCCUGGUGCUACCGCCGCCGCCGCCGUGAAGAGGAAGAAGAAGACCCCAGCGAAGACGACUGGUUCUCGUGGGAGCUGGGGGCGGAAGAGAGGUUCCCGCCCUCGCAAGGUUACGUUUCGGAAGGCUUGUCGUGGUUCCCGGACGACCCCGAGUGGGUCUGGAGAGAGAUGUCCUGGCUUCAGAGGCACCUCGUUGACGUGUACGCCGUGUACGGAGCCCUCGUGAUGGGCGUCGGGCUGCUCAUGAAGCUCACGUGGAACCUUGUCUGGUCUCUUUGCGACAUCACGACCGCUCCGCCAAUGGCCCGAGGAGGAAUGGGGGGCUCCGUGGAUCACCUACGGUCUCCCUCCCCUAGCCCGGCCAAGGAGCCUUGCGCCGCUCCCGGUGGCGGCGGUAAGUUGACCCGCGGGGGCAGCGCAAGGUGGGGUUCCGGAGGAGGUGGGGGUGGGGGCGGCAAGCACGGGGGGAAAGGUGGCGGGAAGCACCACGGCAGUAGCGUCAACGUCAGCAGCGCAGCCGUCGUCGUGCACGGGGAUGGCACCACGCCGCCCGUGCCCGGCGGCAAGUAUUCCAAGAAGAUGGCUCUCACGAACGGUCACUCCUGACUUUGUGGUUGUUGCCGGUGAUCACCCUUUCGUGGUCGUCCCGCGUGUGCUGCCUUUUUUUUCCCUCCUCUGUUUGCCCUCUGGUGUGGUGCUUGGCCGCUACCGCAGAGGCCGCUGCGCGCGGCUUGGCUUGGGGGUAGUGUGGCACCGUUUGCGAGGUACCGUUGACGGUCACACUCCUUGCUGCUGGACACGUGCGUCGAGACUGGUUUCACAAGCUGUGGUAGUCACCGUUUCCAUCGGGAGGUUUUAGCCUUCGGCUACCCUACCACCGGGAACAAACCACAGGGCCUAGUAUUUUCUGUAGUUCUACAAGAUUAGCUGAUUGCCGGGUGUAAAUGAUCGCCUAUGUAAGUUAGAGCUUGUGAGCAUUGUGCUGCUGAGGCUGCUGCUGCCAUAGCAAGGAGAUAGAUGUAGAGUCUUGUUUACCUUAGUGGGCUUCUUCCCUCGUCUUGACAGUUCAUUCAGAGGUCGUCUCGCCUCGGCACUACUGCUGCCUUCGUCAAAUUUGGCCAACUCAACUCACGGCAGGUCGAGUCGUCUUCUAGUGGUGCUUGCUGCAUGUUGCGAAAACACACACACGACG